AUGGCUUGGAAUCCCCCUCGUCAGAACUAUGGUCAACCGUACAUUCACCCCAACAUCCCUCUCCAACCUCCUCAGCCGUAUCUCCGUCCUUCUCCAUCUCCGAUGGUUCUCUCACAGCCUGCUGGAUUCCCCAUGCAAGGCGGUAUGGGAGUAGGCGGGUUGAGCGCCCAACCUACUGGUUUCCCAGGCGGAAGGCUCAUGCCCCAGCCUACUGGAUUCCCAGGCACUGUGGACCCUAGACUGCUCACGAUGGCGAAUACGUUCAUGCCUGCAAACCCUUCUGCACCAUACACCGGUCAAGGCCCUCAAGGUCUCUCCCUCCCCCCAGCGCUUCCAACCUCCUUCGCUGCCCCCGCUCUCCCCCAGCUGCCGCAGCCCACAGGAGCUCCACAAGCAGCGAAACCCACUUCCUGGGCCCUGACACGCGAAGAAAAGAAACAGUACGACUCUAUCUUCCGCGCAUGGGACACGUCCAACACCGGGUUCAUCGAUGGGUCGACCGCCCUCGAAGUGUUUGGCCAGAGUGGGCUGAGCAGGGACGAGCUGGCCCAGAUUUGGACCCUUGCGGAUGCGGAUAAUAAGGGAAGAUUGGAUCUCGGCGAAUUUCAUGUUGCUAUGGGGCUCAUCUACAGACGGCUCAAUGGUGCACCUGUACCUCAGACACUGCCGCAAGAACUCGUGCCCCCCUCGUCAAGGGACCUGAACUCCUCCGUAGACUUCCUUAAAGACCUCCUUCGUACCGACACGCGCUCCGCUACUCCCCCUUCUUCUUCUCCUGGAACCCAGCCAACGUCCUACGCCAAAACGCGUUCCUUGUAUUCCUCUGCCACUCCGGCGGCGCGCAAGGACGCGACAGUGUAUAAACACGAUGACGACGAUUCUCGGGGAUACGCGAGCAAUAAGCGGCAUAUUGACCGCCGUGCCGUACGCUUUUCGGGUGAAGAGCCCGGCGAAGGGAGGCGCGAAGACCUCGGAGUUAUGCGUCGCGAGCUGGAGGAAGCGGGGCGCGCUCUGGAGCGCAGUUCCCAGGUAGAUAGGGAGGACGAAGUGCUCGAUAAAGAGCUUGAUGACCUGCGCUGGCGCGUCAGGAGAGUCAAGGACGACCUGGACUUCGCCCAGCGCCGAGGUUCGUCUUCGACUGCGGAAGAGAAGAGGAGACUGGAAAGAGAACUCUGGGGACUGGUGCAUGAGAAGAUCCCCGAGGUGGAGCAGAAGGUCGAGGAGAGGGAGAGGAGGAGGAAGAGGGAUGAGAGAGAUUGGGUCGAGAGACGGGAUGGGAGGAACGAUCGGAAUGCUGGGAGAGGGUUCGAGAGGGGGACGUUUGAUGAGAGGGAUAGAGAGGACAGGGGCAGGGACAGAGACAGGGAUCGGGAGUACGAUGAUCGUGACCGCGAACGCGACAGAGAGAGGGACAGGGAUAGGGGAUACGACCGUGACCGAGAAAGGGACAGGGAGUAUGACCGUGACCGCGACCGUGAUCGUGCCCCCGACCGAGAACGGGACUACGACCGGGAUCGCGAUCGCGACCGUCCCCGAUCCCGUGGAGAAACGCGUUCCCCCGCUCCUCCCCCUUCUGCGCCUGCACCCGCUCUCGCACCCCCUCCCCAGGCACCAGCGAGGACGCCUACCCCUGUCGCCAACACCCGGAGCAUGACGCCCUCUGAACGAUCCGCGUUCCUGAAAGCCGAAGCGCAGCGCAAGAUCCUGGAACGACAGCGCGCGCUUGGGCUUGCGCCGUCCCCUUCCCCUCAGACGGACACGGCCAGCGCCCCUGCAGGUGUAGGGACGGGCGGGGUGGACGAGGAAGUAGAAAAGAGGCUGGAGGAGGAGAAGCGGGAGAAAGAGGAGAGGGGUCGGAGGGGGGAGAGGGAGGCUGAAGAGAGGGAACGUGUCAGGAGAGAGAGGAUUGAGCGCGAGCGAGGGGCUGCCCCUCCUCCUCCUGCGGCACCUGCUCCUGCCGCUCCCCCUGCGCCGACACCCCCUUCGCUAGGAACGGCAGGGGCAAAACCGCCAGCCCCGAAGCCGAAAGGCAGGGCCGCCCCGCCUCCGCCGCCGUUGCGCAAGCCUGUUGUUCCUGUGCCUUCCCCUCGGCCUGUAGUAGCUGCCCCUCCACCCCCUGCGCCCGUGCCUGUUCCUCGCACCCCUGCUUCCGCACCAGCGGCGCCCACUCCUCCUGUCUCUCUACUUGGACCGGGACGGGAGGACCCGGAAGAGAAGGCUCUGCGCGAGAGGGAGGAAGCGCUCAAGGCUUCGCGGGCGGCGAGGCAGGCUAGGGAGGAGAGGAUGCGGGAGCUUGAGCGAGCGGAGAGGGAGGAGCGGGAGGCGGAAGAGAGAGAGCAAAAGGAGCGACAGGAUCGGCAGCGGAAAGACCGGGAGCUGCAGGAACAGCAGCAACGGAAAGACCGAGAGCUGCAGCUGAAGAAAGAAAGAGAGGAAAGGAUGGCGCUCCUUGAGAGAGAGGAGAGGGAGGAACGGGAGGCCGCGGAGGCCCAGGAGAAACGGGAGAGAGAGAGGAGGGAGAGGACCCCCAGGCCUUCUGAGCCUACACCUCCCGCUCCCCCUGCUCCUGCUCCACCUGCACCUCCGGCGCCCGUCGCUCCUGUACCUGUGGCGCAGAAUGGCAACGCCGCACCCCUGAGGCAUAACCCGUUCCGCAAGGAUACAGUGUUGGUCGUACCUACCCCUCCUCCUGCGCCUGCUGUUCCUGCGGUUACGACCCCCGGAGGCGGCAACAACCCCUUCUUCAAAGCCGGCGCCGGGGGCGCCGGAGCCGCUGCUCCCACCCCUGUUGCCGCCGCCCCUCGCCCGGUAUUCAACACCGCUCCCUCAGACAGCGACUGGGGCUCGAUCAAGGAGAAGUCCGAUUCGGAAGACAGCUCAGACGACGAAUAUACUGCUAAUAGGAAUACGCGUGCCGUGCUCGCUAAACAAUUGUUUGGGGGGAUCAUGCCUGCUCGACCUACGAGUGGGCAGUCCGGCGGCAGGGAGAGCACGCCGACCAGUCCGGCUAUGUCUGCUCCUCCCCCUCCUGCUCCGCCUUUGGCUCCCCCACCGCCGGCACGAGCGAUGGCAGCGGGCAUCGCUGCUCCCGUCCCUGCCCCUGCAGGCCCUGGAGACCUCAGCGCGCUCUUGACGGGUAUCCAGGCGGGAACGAAGCUCCGGAAGACGGUGACGAAUGACCGUUCCGGUCCUGCAUCUGGCGGCAGGGUGAUAGGGGAUGCCGGUGUACCGGAGUAUAUUGCGCAUCCUGUGCCUGUGCCUGAGGCGCUCGAGCCUUCCUACCCUUCGCCGGCUAUUCGUGUUUCUCCGGAACCCUUGUCGGGUCUGGAAGAACAUCAAGAGAUGACUCCCCGGUCCCUCAACAGACAAAGUGUGGACUGGUAUGCCGGUCUAGCGGCUGAUCACGCAGGCGCCAGCGUAUCCCCUAGCGUGCCGAGCGUGGCUGAAGCGGAUGAGGACAACGCGGAUGCCGAGUCUGAGCCGAUGACAGCUAGGACCGUCGUGCCAGAAAUCCAGAUUGGGGAGCAUGAGGAGGUGCAGGAGGCUGGGCUGCUGGAUGAUGUGGAUAUGAGCAAAGAUGUUUGUGUCAGGACGCUGUAUGCUUAUCAGGGUCAGAGGGAUGCGGAUCUCACCUUCCAGGAAAACUUUGUCAUCGCUGCCCACCCGGCCAAGGCUGGUGGCGACUGGUGGUAUGGUGAGGUUGCCACCACGGGCGCUUUGGGAUUCUUCCCCCGCAGCUAUGUGGAAGAGAUGUCCAACAUCGUCGCUGCCAAGGCCCUGUACGCGUAUGAAGGUUCGACGCCGGAAGAGCUGAACUUCGCUGAAGGUGAUCAUAUCACCGUCGUCGACCGCUCGGACGGAAACUGGUGGAAAGCAGAGCAGGGUGGGGUCAUCUUCAACGUCCCUGCGGCGUAUUUGGAAGUACAAGGUGCGAAACUCGCCUCCGCCCUUUCCGCGGAAGACGAGGUCAUCCUAGAAUUCGAAGAAGCUGAGGACCACGACGCGGAGGGUACAGCAAAGCUUCCGAAGGAUCACGGGCCGGGCCGCGUGGAAAAUGACGUUUCACGGCGUGGUGUUGAUCCUUCCCCAGAACUCUCAUCCACCACUAGCGCGAUGGCCGUCGGUCUCGGCUUGGCGCCGCCUACUCCAUCCUCCUCAGUCUUCAGUCCUUUCCCUUCUUCGCCUGGCCCUAGUUCCGAGGCCGUCCCGGAUGAUGAGGAGUCAUCCUCAUCCGACGACGAGUAUCUGUCGUUCGAGAGCGAGGAGAACGAAGAACACGAGGACGGCCACGAGGAUAAAGAGUAUCGCGAGGCCAAGCGGCUAGCAGAACAAAAGGCGCGAGAGAUUGAGAGACAACGCGUCAUGGAAGCCGCUGGCCUCGUCGUCAAGACUGACACUCACAGAAAGCCUCCACCCCCCCCUGUUCGCCGAAUGAGUCGGAGACAUCGUCCUCCCCAUCUCACCAAUGUUGCUGACUUGCAAAAAUUGCAGACGGUCCCGGAACUGAAUAGAAACAAGCCAUUGCCCAUUCCCUCGAUCCCCACAUCACCGACUCCUCAGUCGCCAGCUGUUCGGUAUGUUGACGAUGCCUUCCAGCGGUAUGAAGAAUUCAGACAGCGUCAACCCCGCAAUCGUCAAUCUAUGGCUUCCACUAUCUCCCUGGAGACGAUGCCCACACCGUCGUCUCCCGGAUUCACUCCCUUGUCUCCCGUGCUUACAGUCGGAUCCGUUAAUUCCAUAGGCUCCGCCACCUCUCAGCAUGCUGCUUCUCGCUCCGAUGAUCUCCGCUCCAGCUGGGCAAGCUUCUUGAACAAGAUCAAACCGGGGUCUGCGGGUCUAGGAGAGCUCAGACCUCCGCCGAUUAUCAGUGGGCCCAUCAGCGCUCCCAUUUCGGGGGCGGCAUCAAGGGAAAAUAGCCCUGCUUUUGGCACGACUUGGUCCACACUUGUCUCCAAGGAAGCCUUGGAGGGUAUGCCGGACCGCGAGAGGAAGCGGCAAGAAGCCAUUUUCGAACUUAUCAAUACUGAAGACACCUACGUUCGUGACUUGCAACUUAUUGUCGAAAUCUUCUACAAGAGCAUCAUCGAGUAUCUGGACCAGAAAUCCGGCAAGCUCAUAUUUGAUAACAUUGAGGACAUACUGCUUUGUAACUCAACGUUCCUGAGCUCUCUGGAAGAGAGACAAAAGCAGUGUCGUCUUUAUGUCGAUGUUAUUGGCGACAUCCUCGAAGAGUACAUGGCCAACAUGGUCAUCUACGAGUCUUAUUGUGUCAAUCAAGCCCCUGCCUCCCGCGUCCUCCAGCGGCUUCGAGAAACAAAUAAACCCCUUGGUGAACAUCUCGACCAACUUCGAAUCGAUCCCGACGUACGAGGAUUAGACUUGUCCUCGUAUCUUCUUGAGCCAAUGCAGCGAAUAACCCGUUAUCCUCUCCUCCUGCGACAGGUGCUGCAUUAUACAGAGGGGGUUGACGCACCUGCUAUCCAGCGGGCGCUGGAUACCGCUACUGCGAUUCUCGACACUAUUAACGAGAGUAUCAGAGAGCGUGAAGGGGAGGAACGACUGGCUGCUGUCUCGAAAGACCUAUGGAUCGGCAACGGGCAACUGAUUCUCAACUCUGAUACUCGGUACAUGGGGCACAGGCGGCUCCUGAAAGAAGGGACACUAUAUAAGGCCAAGAGCGGCAGACGAUUGCAGGUAUUCUUAUGUUCAGACAUUCUCGUGAUGACAACCGAUUCCCCUAUGACCCUCUACCGCAUGCCCAUACCCCUAUCAGAACUAUCCGUGAAAGACAUGCCUAGCCGCGAUGAUUCCCACUUCCAGCUUGUGCUGGCAUACCCACGGGGUGGAGAAUCAGUCGGCCUGCGUGCCGCAUCGCCUAGAGAAUGUCAUUCAUGGAUGAAGGCGCUCAAUGAUGCCGUACAGGCAUGCAGCAGAGCGGAGAAGAGAGCCUCUCGGAGGAGAUAG